AUGGCACCAUUUCGGAUGGCACCAACUGAACUUAAAGAGUUGAUGGAGCAAAUUGAUGGUUUACUUGAGCAGGGGUUCAUUAGACCUAGUACUUCUCCUUGGGGUGAUCCUGUGGUGUUUGCUAGGAAGAAGGAUGGUUCACUACGGUUGUGUGUGGAUUAUCGGAAGUUGAACAAGGUGACGAUCAAGAAUUGGAAUGAUGUCCACUUUGUGUGGACUGAGGAAUGUGAGCGAGCAUUCAAUGUGUUGAACGCUAGAUUGACCACAACCCCAGUGUUGACUAUUCCCACAAGCGGUGGUGGUUUAGUCAUCUAUAGUGAUGCGUCUCAUCAGGGUUUGGGGUGUGUGUUGAUGCAGCAUGGCGGUGUUGUCACUUAUGGCUCUAGACAGUUGAAGGUGCAUGAGCGUAAUUACCCCACUUAUGAUUUGGAGUUGGCUGUGAAGGAGUUGAACAUGAGACAGAGGAGGUGGAUGGAGUUCAUAAAGGACUAUGAUUUCACCUUAGAGUAUCGUCUAGGAAAGGCCAAUGUGGUGGCAGAUGCUUUGAGUAGGAAGCCCAAAGGUAUUGUUGCUUCUGUUAUGGUUCAGGAGUGGCUUAUGUUGGAGACUGCAUCUGAGUUUGACCUUGUGCAAGUAAGAGUUGAGAAUGGGAGUUUCCUUGGAAGUGUCACGGUACAGCCUACCUUGAUUUCCAGGAUCAUUCAGGGUCAAACAGAGGAUGAGUUCUCAGGUGCGAAGUUGGCAAAGUUAGCUGCGGAUUCGUCCAUUGGCGUUCCAUCAGAGUGGUCGGUGGGAAUGGAUGGUGGUUUGCGGAUGAACCAUAGGUUGUAUGUUCUGGAUCAUGUUGACCCCAAGGGAGAGAUUCUUCAUGAGGGACAUCGAUUGAGGUAUACUGUGCACCCUAGAAGCACUAAGAUGUAUCGGGAUUUGCGAAGGCAAUUCCGGUGGAAUUGA